GAGCGGCGCGCGCGCGCGGCAGCCCCGCGGUAGCAGAGCGCUGAGCGGGGAGUGCGCGCCUGCAGCGGCUUAGGCUGGGAGGGCUGGAGCGCAGAGGGCUGGCGCGCAGCGCGGCUGCCAUGGGCGUGCAGUGACCAGACGCUCAGCGCGACUUUCUCAGUGGCGCGGCGCUCGCGCGGAGCUCCUUGGCUGGCUGUGCGUUUCCUUGGUCACCAUGAAAGACGACUUUGCAGAGGAGGAGGAGGUGCAGUCCUUCGGUUACAAGAGGUUUGGUAUUCAGGAAGGAACCCAAUGUACCAAAUGUAAAAAUAACUGGGCGCUGAAGUUUUCUAUCAUAUUAUUAUACAUUUUAUGUGCCUUGCUAACCAUCACAGUAGCCAUUUUGGGAUAUAAAGUUGUAGAGAAAAUGGACAAUGUCACAGGUGGCAUGGAGACGUCUCGCCAAACCUAUGACGACAAGCUCACUGCAGUGGAAAGUGACCUGAAAAAACUAGGAGACCAAACUGGGAAGAAAGCUCUAAGCACCAACUCAGAACUUUCCACCUUCAGAUCAGAUAUUCUGGAUCUUCGUCAACAGCUUCAUGAGAUUACAGAAAAAACCAGCAAGAACAAAGAUACGCUGGAGAAGCUACAGGCCAGCGGGGAUGCCCUGGUGGACAGGCAGAGUCAACUGAAAGAAACUUUGGAAAAUAAUUCUUUCCUUAUCACCACUGUCAACAAAACCCUCCAGGCAUAUAAUGGCUAUGUCACCAAUCUGCAACAAGAUACCAGCGUGCUCCAGGGCAAUCUGCAGAAUCAAAUGUAUUCUCAUAACGUGGUCAUUAUGAACCUCAACAACUUGAACCUGACCCAGGUGCAGCAGAGGAACCUCAUCAGUGAUCUGCAGCGGUCUGUGGAUGACACGAGCCAAGCUAUCCAGCGAAUCAAGAAUGACUUCCAAAAUCUGCAGCAGGUUUUCCUUCAAGCCAAGAAGGACACCGAUUGGCUGAAGGAGAAAGUACAAAGCCUGCAGACGUUGGCUGCCAACAACUCUGCCUUGGCCAAAGCCAACAACGACACCCUGGAGGAUAUGAACAGCCAGCUCAGCUCAUUCACAGGUCAGAUGGACAACAUCACCACUAUCUCACAAGCCAACGAGCAGAACCUGAAAGACCUUCAGGACUUACAUAAGGACGCAGAAAACAGAACAGCCAUCAAGUUCAGCCAACUGGAAGAACGCUUCCAGCUCUUUGAGACAGAUAUUGUGAACAUCAUUAGUAAUAUCAGCUACACGGCCCACCACCUGAGGACGCUGACCAGCAAUCUGAAUGAAGUCAGGACCACUUGCACCGAUACCCUAACCAAACACACGGAUGACUUGACCUCCUUGAAUAACACACUGGCUAAUAUCCGUUUGGAUUCUGUUUCCCUCAGGAUGCAACAAGAUAUGAUGAGGUCAAGGUUAGAUACAGAAGUGGCCAACUUAUCGGUGAUUAUGGAAGAGAUGAAGCUGGUGGAUUCCAAGCAUGGUCAGCUCAUCAAGAAUUUUACAAUACUACAAGGUCCUCCUGGCCCCAGAGGUCCAAAAGGUGACCGAGGAUCUCAGGGACCCCCUGGUCCAACUGGCAACAAAGGACAGAAAGGAGAGAAGGGGGAGCCUGGUCCACCCGGCCCUGCAGGCGAGAGAGGCCCCAUAGGACCGGUUGGUCCCCCGGGAGAGCGUGGUGGCAAAGGCUCCAAAGGCUCGCAGGGCCCCAAAGGCUCCCGUGGGUCCCCCGGGAAACCUGGACCUCAGGGACCCAGUGGGGACCCAGGCCCCCCAGGCCCACCAGGCAAGGACGGACUCCCCGGCCCCCAGGGCCCUCCUGGCUUCCAGGGCCUGCAGGGCACCGUGGGAGAACCUGGAGUGCCUGGACCGCGGGGACUGCCGGGAUUGCCAGGGGUGCCUGGUAUGCCAGGACCCAAGGGCCCUCCUGGCCCCCCGGGCCCAUCAGGAGCAGUGGCACCUCUGGCCCUGCAGAAUGAGCCAACCCUGGCACCAGAGGUCAACGGCUGUCCACCUCACUGGAAAAACUUCACAGACAAAUGCUACUAUUUUUCGGUGGAGAAAGAAAUUUUUGAGGAUGCCAAACUUUUCUGUGAAGACAAGUCUUCACAUCUCGUUUUCAUAAACACCAGAGAGGAGCAGCAAUGGAUAAAAAAGCAGCUUGUGGGGCGAGACAGCCACUGGAUCGGCCUCACAGACUCCGAACAGGAAAACGAAUGGAAAUGGCUGGAUGGGAAGCCUCUGGACUACAAAAAUUGGAAAGCUGGACAGCCAGAUAACUGGGGUCAUGGCCAUGGGCCAGGAGAAGACUGUGCUGGGUUGAUUUAUGCUGGACAGUGGAAUGAUUUCCAGUGUGAAGACAUCAAUAACUUCAUUUGCGAGAAAGACAGGGAGACAGUACUAUCAUCCGCAUUAUAAUGGACUGUGAUGUAAUAACAUGAACACAUUUCCAGACAGUUUCUCAAAGGAUGCUCCUUUCUGAUUUCAUCACCUUCUCACCAAGUUGGGAGAAGAGAAGCACUGAAAGCUAAGUACUGAAGAAAAUUGACAACUAGUGUUUGCCAUUACCCAAGGACUUGGGUACAAAAAUGUUCCCCCACUAUGAGAUGUCAAUUUUCAGUGUGCAGAUGGACUGAAUUACACAGAUUUUUCUCAGCCAAUAACCAUACAUUUAUACAAAUGUUACCUUCCAACAUGGAAUGUUCCAAUCAGAAAGACCAUCAUUGGUUGCCAAGCUACGGGAAGAACUUAAACAUACACUGUGUGAACAGUACCUUACAUUUCUAAAAUCCCAAAUGUAGGAAAAAUAUACAGACAUACAGAUAUAUAGACCAACUCUUAGUAAUAAUAUGAAAUAUACUUAAAGAGUUUUUAAAACUUUGUAUUUUUGUACAAAAUAUUUUGCCUUUUACAAUUAUUUUCCCUUUUAUUGGCAUUUUACCAAUAUAAUGCAUGGAGCCAAAGAAAACAAUAAUGGUACUAAUAAAACAUCCUAGUUUUUUUGUCAGAUUUAAUUCUACCUGAUGGCAAAUAAUUUUUUUUUCAGUUGUGGUUUAAAAAUAUAAUUAAAUAUAUGUGUAUAUAUA